CAUACAGUCUUUGUUUAGGAAGUCUACUUCAAAAUUCACAGCGAUGUGCCCAACUAAUUCACAACAACCGAAACUACAUAACAAACAGUCACUUAUUUUGCAGUCCGGCAUAGUUCUCCUUUUAACUAUACUGAAUACCAGUCCAAAUGGUGUUUUAUCACUUGUAAGACACAUACCGAAAAUUAACAUAGCUAUUUAUUAUCAAACAUUAUGUACAGAUUCAAGAACAUUCUUCUACAAGCAACUAAUGCCAGCAUAUACCAGAAUGCCUGACCUUAUGAAUGUUACAUUAAUACCUUUUGGACAGACACUGGUUCAUGAAAAUGAAGGUGACGUAGAAUUCUUAUGUCCACAUGGUCCACCAGAAUGUAAAGGCAUGUUAGUUCAUGCUUGUGCAAUAAAUAUUGUUCCACGAGAUCUUGUUUUACAAUAUGUGUUCUGCAUGAUAAUGGACAACUGGAAUGGUCUUGUGAUUGGUGAAAAGUGUGCAAAGAAGCUAGAAAUAGACUGGCACAGUGUACUGGGAUGCGUGAAUAGCAACAAAUCUACAAUGUAUUUGCUUCACUAUAAAGAGCUAACAAUGAGCCUAAACCCUCCCCUGACUCAAGUACCUAGAGUGGUUAUAAACGGGGUAGAUUAUCCAGUUGGCUCAACAUCUACAAGUUUAUUUGAAGAUCUUUGUAAGAUACUGGAGAAAUAUGAACCAAUAGAGUGUCAGUGGCUGGAAGAAAAUGAAGAAUUGUAACUUAUGAAUGUGAUCUUGAUGAACUAAAUAAAGACACAAAAUAUACAAAUAAUUACAUCACUUUUCUUCACACUUUACAUUUAGUCUACUUAUGUUUACCCUAAAAGUACUGUAGCCGAUAAUAUUAUUAUUCGAAAUUUUGCUUCUUCCUUGAAUAGGCAAAGACUUAUGUGCAUGUAAAGUUUGUAUCUGACAUUGCCCAUUUAAGGGUUUUGCAUGUUAAAGGCACAAUGUAGGAAACUUGAAAACUGAGGCAUUAUAGGUGACAUACUUCUCCCAUAAAGAGCAAAUUACUCCAUGCCUCUUCAGUAAUGGUCUUAACGGAAGCCAUGUGUGGCUACAGUCUGUGUACUAACUUUAACAAACAAAAUUUCAACAUAUUGAAAAGACAAAUUCAUCCUCUGCAAGCAAAACACAAAAAUUGAAAACCCAGAGGACCUCAUCAAGUCAACUUGUGUACACAAAGAUAGUGCCUUUUGAAAAUCACAGAUCAAGUUUGGUUCUUCUGGGGCAUAGGAGAAGAAGGUAGAAAGGAGCAGUGAGUAAUGUUAUCUUUCUCUAUUACACUCCUAUUUCCCUCACUCUUCUGUUUUUGACAAAAUUAUGAAAAGGAUAAUUGCCACUCACAAUACAGCAGAGAUGCUGAGUCACAGAAAGGAACAACAAAAGGAAAGCCAAACAGGUUAGAUUUUGGCCAAAAAGGGCUUCAUUGGAAUUGGACAACAUAAACAUACACACAAAUGAACCUCACACAUAAAUGGCCACAAUCUUUGGGGGCUGGGCCAGUCUGGUCUGGUCUGGUCUGGCUUGGGCAGCCAGAGAAAUUAAUCUGUUAGAUGAUCAGUUUGGCCUCAGGAAAAGUAAAGGCACCAGAGAGGCCGUUCUGACUUCGUACCUGAUAAUGAAAGCCUGGAGGAAGAAAAAUCAAGAUAAGCUCAUGGACAUUGUUGAUCUACAGAAAGUGUUCAACAAUGUGAAAUGAUGCAAGAUGUUUGAAAUUCUAAGAAAAGUAGCACUACACUGCAGGGAAAGAUAUACACAAGAGCCAAAAGGGAAUAAUAAGACUGGAAGAUCAAGAAUAGGGUUCAAGACAGAGGGUCAAUCUUUCACCCCUACUGUUCACUGUAUCCAUCAAAGCAGCAAUGAUGGAAAUAAAAGGAAUGUUCAAUACUGGGAUAAAAAAUUAAAGGUAACAGGAUAUCAAUGAUACGAUUUGCUGAUGACAUUGCUAUCCUCAGUGAAAGUGAAGAAGAAUCACAGGACCUGCUGAAUGGAAAGAACAAUCUGAUGAAUAGACUAUGGACUGGCAGUAAAUUGAACAACAAUAGAAGUAGUGAGGAAUAGCAAGAACGAGAACAGCGAGAAGCUUAAUAUCAAAACUGGGGACACGUUUAUCCUUCUCCACUACCCCUGAAUGUUUUUAACAUCAUCACAGAACCGCAAUGUAUAACACGUAGUUGACAGCCCCUGUAAAAUAUAUAUGAGUGGGCUAUUACAUUCAGAGUAUUAGUUUACAAAUGGAAAAUAUCUGUAGUAAAUGUGGCCUAGAUCAAAAGCUUGUGAAAUGAGUGAACAGUAUUUAUAAAAGUGAAAUCAGUAGUAAUAUGUACUCUUCAGUACAAAUUUAUAGUGAAACCAACACCUUGUAAG